AUGGCUGAAACAGAGAGAAUGAAGGAGAACAUGGUGGUGGAUAAAUUUGGAAAGGUUACAGUUCCUCUGAGUCACCUCAUCAAUGCCUUCCAUUCACCAAAAAGCACAUCUGUUUCUGUCAGUGCGUCGGCUUCGCAAAACCCCCAUCGAGAUGUAUUUCCUGAGCAUGAGGCCGCUGGCAGUGAGCCUGUACUUAAUUUAAGAGACCUUGGAUUAUCCGAAUUAAAACUUGGACAGAUUGAUCAACUAGUAGACAGUCUACUUCCUGGAUUUUGUAAAGGCAAGCGUGUUUCUUCCCAUUGGCAUACAUCUCAUGUCUCUGCACAGUCCUUCUUUGAAAAUAAAUAUGGUUACUUAGAUAUGUUUAGUACUUUACGUUCCUCUUGCUUAUACAGACAACAUUCAAGAACUGUUAAAAGUAUUUGUUCAGAUCUUCAGUGCUGGCCAGGCUCUAUGCCCAGUGUGGAGCCCAAUGCAAUCUUGAACUCAGAACCUUGAGAUGAAGACUUGAGCUGAAAUCAAGAGUCGGAUGCUUAACCGACUGAGCCAGCCAGGCGCCCCAGUCAUGAAAUUAACAUUGGGCACUUCUGGGAAGUGGGAUUGGGGUUUGAGGAAU